CGCAGUCAAAGCUGACAGCACACAACACGACAAACAAACAAGGAAACAAACAAGGAAACAAACAAACAAAGCGAAGAAACUUUUCACACACAACAAACACGACCACCGUUGAACACUUGACAGGACCAAGGAUGAACUUGGGCGCGCUUGCCAGAUCCCUGAGCAACAGUCUGAGAUUUGGUGUGGGCUCCAAAAAGCAACUGGAGACACCAUCCCAAGCAAACGAAGCCGCAUCGACGUCAUCGAGUCGAAAGACUGAGCUCUCCAAAAGUUGUGACAAUAAUUUAAGACUUAUUGCACCAUCAUCCGAUGAAUGCAGUCAUCGACAACAGCCAUUUAGUCAAACGGUAUCGCAAAUCCUGCAAAAAGUCAGUGAACUCGAGCACACGCUCUACGAGGAUCAGCAACUGGAAUUCAAGCUGCGCAUGGCUUUGGAGCGUCAAACAGAGCGAGUGCAUGAGCUCAACUUCUCACUGGAUACGGAAAAGGAACGAAAUGAACGUUUGGUGCAACUGCUGCGUGGUGUGGACACCGAUUCCUGUAGCGAUAGUGAGCCGGAGGCGGAAGGAUUGAAUGCCUUGGUACUGCAUUCCAAAGGAAAUCUCUUUGAAUCGAUCAGUCCACUGCUUAUGCAGCAACGCUACGAUGAACUCUCUACUUCCCACCGACAAAUCCAUCGUCUGCUGGCCAAAAAGGACAAAGCUAUGAUGUUACUGAAAUGCGAUUUAGAAGAGCUGCGUUGCAAAUAUGAUGCUGUAGUGAAUGAUCAACGAAAUGAGGAAAGGAGACUGGAAGCACUAUGGACACGAUUUCAACAUAUGCAACAGAAAAAGAAGCAACAGAUCUGCAUACUCAAAGAGACUCUGGGCUCUGCCAGUGAAUGCAUUUUGCAUGCUCAGGUGGCCAUCGAAAGCUGCAAGCCACGCAGCGCCAUAGAUGAGAAAAAUUUGAGAAAAUUCAAUUUUAGUUUACAGUUUUUUAUGCGUGAACUGCGCAAUUGUUGCUGUCAACGCAAAUUACAAGAGCUGCAGCAACAACAAGGUCCGGAUAUCGAUGUAGAUGAGGAGCUGCUGCAGCAAAAACUGAACAGUUGCCCAGUGGCGCCAUCUCGCAGCAACAGCUCGAAGCAUAACUCAAAUCGAAGCCAGCGCACGCGUCACAAGCAUUGAAAAUUUAAAUUCAACUAUUUGAAUUAACUGAUUUCUGCCUUGACGUUAGGUUCAUUCAAUAGUUGAGCAAUUUGUAAACAAAAAAUUAAAUUGAAAAGCAAAAAAUAAAUAAAU